AUGUCAGAGCACGGUCCACCGGCAUGUGUCUGCCCCGCUGCAGCGGGUACGGUCAUGCGCGUAGACGCGAGUUGGCGAGACUACUGGCAGGUCAAAACUGACGGACGGAAGGAACGGUUGUUCAUCCGACCUCAUCCUCGAGCUGCACGAUCCGCCCCGCUGCAGCGGGUAUGGCUGGCGUCUUCCGGCCCUCGCCCAUCCGUCCGUCUCGCGCCACUUGAAUGGCACGCAGAUUCUCGUGAUGUGACGUCGACCAGCCGUUCGACUCGAAGAGGUGGUGUGGGAGCGUUUGGGAGCGUGAGCUCUGACGCGAUUGCACGGCGCAACGCGUCAUCGUCGAUACAAGAGAGCGAGCCGCAUUGUCCGGAGGGCGAGGUCCGCGUUGAGCGACAUGGUCUCCUGUGGUCGCUUGUACGUCCUCGGCAGACCCCAAGGCGUCGGGCUCGCCCUCGCGUCAUCCUCCACCACUUCCGUGAGAAGCCUAGCGAGGGCCCUCGCCACGAGCGCAUACUCGUUCUGUACGGAGGACUUGAGGUUGUCAAACUGGAACUCCUCGAGCCAGCGGAGCCACUGGGUGAGGAAACGCACGGAGCCCGCGUCGAUGAAGAGGUUGCGGUACGCCACGAGGUGCGGGAAGUGCGCAAUGGAGUGGACGAGGAGCUCCGCGUCCUGCCCACGAACAUACCGCGGGUGCGAGUACUUACAGCGACGAGCGGACGGCUGGGAAGUGUGAGUGGCGGGCGGGCGAGGGCGAGGGCGAGUGCCCACAGGCACAGGACGCGGCAACGUGCAGCAUGGCGCGCACGGCGACCGCGAGAACGCAGGGCCACUGCCCUGCGUGCAGGCACGGCCAACGAACGGCCGGACCACCGGACGAGCGGACGAGCGAGUGCGGGCGCGGGCGGCAGCAUCAUGAUACACACGGCCGACGAACGCGCGCAAUGCAAGCGGGGAGGCGGCGGGCGAGUCGGUGAACAUGCAAGUAGUACAUGGGUGACAGGUCGAGCAGCUACGAUACCUAAGGUUGAGAAGGUAUACACGGGCUCGCUCGAGCGCAGCGCCAUUGUUAAAGGGUCUUCAUGA